AUGCCAACAUGGUUUGAAUUAAUAUCUCCUUUCUUAAUCGGAGGUAUAUCAGGAUGCACAGCCACAACCUUUGUCCAACCUAUGGACACUGUGAAAGUGCGCAUUCAAGUUCGAAGCGAACUCAAAGGACAAGGCCAUAGUGUCAAUGUCAGCACAAUUGAUAUCGUAAAAGACAUCAUCAAAACUGAAGGGCCAUUCGGAUUUUACAAAGGAAUUGGAGCUGCCUUGUUGAGACAAGUCACUUAUGCUACAACUCGUUUGGGAUUAUAUAGAGCCAUCGAUGAUCAUUAUAAAAGAACACAUGGGAGAAGCAUGAUCUUCUGGGAAAGAUGUUUAGCAUCCUCAUUUUCUGGUUUUGUUGGAUCCAUUGUUGGAAAUCCAGCAGAUUUGUGUUUGGUCAGAUUUCAAGCUGACACCCUCUUGCCAGAAGCCCAAAGAAGAAACUAUAAAAAUGUUUUUGACGCUCUCUAUAGGAUAGUUAGUGAGGAGGGACUCAUCACUCUCUGGAGAGGAUCCUUGCCAACAGUUAUCAGAGCCAUUGCCAUGAACUUAAGCAUGUUAACAACCUACGAUCAAAUCAAAGACAUCAUCGUAUCACUCCAUGGCAAAGGAAAGGAAGAUUACAUGGACAAAUUACUAUCCUCUGCUGCAGCUGGUAUCGGGUGUGCCAUCGCCUCUUUGCCUCCUGACAAUCUCAAAACUAAACUUUAAAGAAUGAAGAAAGACCCCACCACUGGACAAUUCCCAUACAAAAAUAUAGGAGACUGCUUCUUGAAAACUAUCUAAAGAGAAGGUGUCACUGGACUAUGGGUUGGAUUGCCAGUCUUUUACACAAGAGUCGGACCUCACGCUAUGAUUACUCUGUUAGUCUAAGAUACAUUGACUUAAAUGUGGAAUCCUCCAAAGAAGAAAAAUUGAUAUUAAUCUAACAAUUAUCAAAUUAGAUCA